AUGGAUGACACUCGUGAUCCUGCCAAUCCGAGCGCCUCUGACCCCUCCAGCUCCAACCUUAGCCUCGGCGCUACUACUGGGGGUGGGAGCAAUGCCGCGGGCAAUCAACCACAGCCGCCAGCCGCACUAGCGAGACACAGUCACGAGCUGCCCUUUGUUGCGCCCUCCUCUUACCUUCGGCCGAAGCCGAGCAGUCGCACAAUGACGGAGACGUCAGCAAGUCCCCUCGAUAGGGAGCAGAUGCAGGGUUUGAGAGGCAUCCGCGAAUUCCUCAAGGUCCGAACCAGCUACGACGUCCUCCCGCUCUCUUUCCGGCUCAUUGUCCUCGACAACGACCUCCUCAUCAAGAAGAGCUUGAAUAUCCUGAUCCAAAAUGGCAUCGUCUCGGCCCCGCUCUGGGACUCGCGCAACUCGACUUUUGCUGGACUGCUGACCAGCACCGACUAUAUCAACGUCAUCCAGUAUUACUGGCAGUUUCCGGAAGAGAUUCACCAGGUUGACCAGUUUCGCCUGAGCAGCUUGAGAGAUAUCGAAAAAGCUAUCGGGGCUCUACCGCUUGAGACGGUAUCCGUCCACCCUAUGCGACCCCUCUACGAGGCUUGUCGCCGGAUGCUGAAGACGAGAGCCCGGAGGAUUCCUCUGAUUGAUAUAGACGACGAGACCAAGCGGCAGACGGUAGUCAGCGUGAUCACGCAGUACCGGAUCCUCAAGUUCAUCGCCGUGAACAACGAAAAACACACUGUGUUGUUGCGAAAGUCGGUUAAAGAUAUUGACCUGGGGACUUACUCUAACCUCGCAACGGCGACGAUGAACAGCUCCGUCCUGGACGUGAUCCACCUCAUGGUCCGACAUAAUAUCUCGGCCGUGCCCAUUCUCGACCGGGAGAACCACGUAUUGAACGUGUUUGAGGCAGUCGAUGUCAUCCCCUGCAUCAAGGGCGGGGCGUACGACGAGCUGGCGGCUACCGUUGGGGAGGCCCUGUCCAGGCGAGCAGAUGACUUUGGGGGCAUCUACACGUGCGGCAUGGAGGAUCGGCUGGACUCCAUUUUCGACACGAUCCGCAAGUCGCGAGUGCACCGGCUGAUCGUGGUCGACGAUGAGAGCCGCUUGAAAGGCAUCAUCUCCCUGUCGGACAUACUCAAGUACGUCCUCUUAUUCGGGGAGGAAGACGAUAGCAUCAGGGCCGUCUAA